CAUGUGUUUGUAAUGUAUUAUUCAAUAGAAAUUGAAUGCAAUAAUAAUAAUAAUAAUAAUAAUAAUAAUAAUAUGGCGAAUGAAUUGAAUGAAAACGAUAUUAGUAUUAGUGUUAGACUCAGACCUUACAAGUCAUUCAACAAUCACUGUAUCUCUAGUGAUGUGUCCACUGAUGACAACAACACACAUAUCAACAACAAUAUCAACAAUAAUAAUAAUAACACCAACGAUAACAACAUCAUCGACAACAACAUCAUCGACAACAAGAAAAAGAGUUGGUUUACAAUGAGAGACGGCAUCAAACAGACACUCAUAUGUCUUGUUUUGGCCAUCGGUGUCACCAUUUUGGCCGCUCUUCACAACGGAACACUUCGGAUCCGAAAGACUCCAAAUCCGGUUAAGUUUUUUGAUGAAGACAUGUAUCCAAUAGUGGACUACGAGUUGGGAGAUCUGAAACAACUGUCACUUCGUGCUCUUCAAAAUGAUGUCUCAUUUGUUAUGUAUUACGCCCCCUGGGAUUCAGAUUGUAUUAGAGUAAUGAAAGAGUUUGAAACAAUUGCAAAACAUUAUAGACAUCAGAUAUUUUUUGCGGCAAUAAAUUGUUGGUAUCCCGAUGGACAGUGCAGACAAUAUUACAAUCUUAAAAGAUAUCCAGUAUUGUUAGCUCACGUCCGAAUGGCCGGUGAAGUCGAGUAUAAAGGACCACUUGUGGCCAGUUAUAUGAUACCAUUUUUAGACAAUCUAUUGGAUCCAAUAAUACCAGUACAAAAUGAAGGCGACUUACUUGAUCUCAGAGCUAAACACGAUGCUAUUUUGAUCGGAUAUUUCGAUUUCAAUGAAUCACCUCAACCACCGGGAUAUAAGCAAUUUUUCUCGACAUCUGUUAAAGCACUAUCAUCUGACCCGUGGAGGACAGUAUGUUAUUGUGUAAUAUCAAGCAAAAGAGUAGCCACAAAAUUAUCACUUGCGAAGCCUCAAACACUGACAUUAUUUCUAUGGAAUACAACCGAACAUUUUGGUACAAAAUCUAUUAAAUCUGCAACUAUUUUAAGUUGGGUUUACAGUCGAGUCCAACAAACACCGACAUUGAAGUGGUUGAUCCCAUCAGGCAUUAAAAGUAGUGCUCUUUCAGAUAUAAUCACUAAAAAUCCUACAUUUGUUUUAUUUACUCCAAGAAGUUUUGUAUUGGGUAUCUCUCCAUACUAUGAUGUUUUAAGAGAAGUGGUUAUGGAUUACUAUAACUGCGAUAACUCACCGCUUAUUCGAUCAAUAAUUCAUAGAAGUAUUUUAAGAAGACAUUUAUUAGAAGAAAAAUUGAUGGAAUUGGAAGAGAAAUGUCACGAAUUGGUUCAACCGAUCUCUACUAUUGAAAGUACUUCAACCAAAAAACAAGUGACAAAUGCCGACACUUGCUGUCACUCUCAAGUAGUCCGUUGGCGACCAUCGAGUAAAGCGAGCGAUAAGAAGUGUUUUUGUACGUCUUGUAUUCACUUAAGUCUUGCAAAAUGUCCCUCAAGUUGUCAACGCUUUAAUUGUUUGGCCACUGCUUCACGUUAUUUGACCGAUUUUGAUCCAAACAGUGCCAACAAAACAGCAACUUUUUGCAAUCAAAUUAAGUAUUCAUAUCAACCAAAAUAUACCUCAUAUUAUAAGAUCGUCACCACUUGUUCUGGUAUUCAUCCAUCGCUUAAUGAAAUUGACGACAAUUUUUUUAUAAUGAAUUCAGAGGAUAAUUCACAAACAUUUGACGAUACAAUUACUAAAAUGGUUGAGAACUCUGAUUUACAACACUGUCAUCGUCUUAAUUUGGGUCUUAAAUACAGUGAUGUCAACUUCCCUGAUAGUGCCGAUUCAGGUAACCAACAGUGGAGGUCCAACUUUACAGGCCUUUCUUGUAGAACCAACCGUACCUUAAGGUUUGCAGCGUUGGACUCGAUAUUAUUUCCAGCAUUUGCUGAAAACAUUGGAAUAGAUAUCUUCAAUCAAAGUCAUGCGACAAUUGGUGUUAUAAUUGAUAACUCCAAUGAAAAUAUUCAUAUUUUAACUAACGAUUUAAGUGAAACGCAAACUAUUAAUAAAAGAAGUUUUGUUGAAUUUAUUAAAAACUUCACAAACAAGUCUUUGCCCCGAUUUCUCAAAAGUUCAUCUCUUCCACCGACUUCUGGUUCAUGUCUUUCAGAUAGUAAGGAACGAGUGAUAUGUGUUCCCGAACUCAGUGCCGAAACAUUUGGUCGGGUAGUCUUGGAUCCGACCAAAGAUGUUGUUGUCAUGUAUUACGCUCAAUGGUGUGGAUUUUGCUCAACAAUUGCUCACAUUUACUUAGAAGUGGCCAGAAUUUUCAGUAAUAUCAAAGGCAUUGUCUUCACCCGACUUAAUGGUGACGCCAAUGACCUUCCCUGGGAGUAUACUGUUGAUAGAUACCCAACUAUUAUGUUAUUUCCUGCUAAAAGGAAAAUGGAGAGCAUAUCAUUUGCAUCAAAUAUGGCGAUAACAACCUCGAGUUUAGUGCAAUUUAUUUGGAAACACUCGCAAUCAAGCGUUCGUCUCCAGACAUCACUUACAUUAUGUAACUACAAAUGUCUUCUUAAUAAUCUCGCUUCGAGUCAAUCACAUUCACAUCAAACGCGAAGAAGUCUUAGAAAUCGUUUAAUUGAGUUGUCAUUAGUUCGACAAAAAAUAAUUGAAUUGUUUGGUUCAGACAAAAAAUUAACGAAAAGAAAGUCAACACAACUCAAACAACAUUUAAAUUAUUUGAUUAAAACAAUUAGAAAAUUGAAACAAAAUAUUUUUAAAACAUCUCUUUUGCGUUCAUUUAUUAUUGAAAAACUUAAAAACUUUGACCAAAACACUGACCGUUUGACAACUCAAUCAAUUAACGAAUUUUUAGAGCUUUUUAAUAUUACAUUACCUGUUGAUAAAGUGGUCAAAACAAGAGAAAAUAAAAUAAAAAGUGAAACAAACAAAAAAUCCGUCAAAAAGACAACGAAAUACUCGAAGCAAAAGUCUUAUACAAAACGAGAUGAGCUAUAAAUGACACUAAUUUAUGCCUUAAAAGUCACUCAUUUGUUACAAAUCAACGAAUUGUGAUUUAGUUUAGUAACUAAAAGUCAAU